GGCGAUAUAUAUGAAAUUAUGAAGCGUGACAUAGAUAAAUUCGACACGAGUGAUUACGCGGUCGAUAAUGCGUAUGGUAUGCCGCUUAAAAAUAAAAAAGUUCCGGGUCUGAUGAAGGAUGAAAAUAACGGAGCGAUCAUGACCGAAUUCGUCGGGCUUAGAGCAAAGAUGUAUGCCUUGCGCGUCGAUGGUAAGAGAGAUAUAAAGAAGACCAAAGGUGUCAAGAGCAACGUCGUAGAAAAGUCGAUAACAUUUGACGAUUACGUGCGAUGUCUGCAAGACGAAACCGAAAUGACGCGAAAGCAGUCUGUCAUAAGAUCCGAGCUGCAUGAGCUAUACACUAUAUUUGAAACGAAAACUGCUCUAAGCCUUUACGACGAUAAGCGAUACAUUGUACCCGAUUCUGUCGAUCAUUCAACACUGCCUUGGGGACAUUGCAGUAUAUCUAUACAGCACACUAAUGUUGAAUCAACAUCUCAGAAAUGUUGAAUUGCAAGAUUGCAAAUGUUGCAGCUACAUCGCGAAAUGUAGAUUCAACGUUAAAAAGACAUUGCAGGAAUGUUCAAUGUCCCUUGAAUCAAUGUCUUAGAGACACUGCAAUUCAAUAUUAAUUCAACAUUAAUUUAACGUA